AUGAACGGCUCUUUCGCGUCUGCCGAGCCAGGUCGUACUGGACCUUCGUCUGGCACCCAGCCAAAGACCAAAGCUCGACCUCCUCCCCCUCCAUUCCUCCUUCCACUGAACGUUGCUUUUUAUAUCUGUCUUAUAGCUCAUCUUAUCGCAGCCUCUAACGCUCCAAUCCUGGAUUGCGAUGAAACCUUCAACUAUUGGGAACCUUUACAUUAUCUUACCCAUGGCUAUGGCUUCCAGACUUGGGAGUAUUCUCCUGACUUCAGCAUUAGAAGCUGGGCAUAUAUCCUUGUCCAUGCUGUACCAACCAAGCUCGUGAGCUUGCUACCCAAGUCAAAGACCUUCGAGUUCUACACUUUGAGAUGUCUGCUCGCUACCAUCUGUGCUGCUACUGAGACCAGACUCUACUCGGCCAUCUCGAGAAACCUCAAUCCAAGAAUAGGUGUCUUCUACCUCAUGGUUGUAGCUCUCACCCCAGGUUUCUUCUACGCCUCUGCCGCCUUUCUACCUUCGAGCUUCGCCAUGUACACUAGCACUCUAGGCUUGACUGCUUUCAUGGACUGGCAAGGUGGCCCAAAGACUGCGCCUGCUAUCAUGUUCUUUGGCAUAGGCGCUCUGCUAGGCUGGCCUUUUGCUGGAGCUCUAAUCAUACCCUUCGUCAUUGAGGACUGGGUUGUGGCUAUUGUUGCUAACGAUAUCUUCGAUACGUUUCUGAGAUAUCUGGACGGUGUUGUCCGUUGCCUGGCUGUUCUCGGCCUUCAAAUCAGCAUUGAUGCCUUCUUCUAUCGCAACCUCACAAUCGUGCCCUGGCGAAUUGUCGCUUACAACGUCUUUGGCGGCAAGGAUCGUGGGCCAGACAUCUUCGGUACAGAGCCUUGGCACUUCUACGUCAGGAAUCUGUUACUCAACUUCAAUCUAUGGUUCCUCCUGGCAAUGGCUGUUGCUCCUUUACUUCUGAUACAAGUGCUCUUCCGGACUCAGUCAUCGACCAAGCAGACAGUACUCCGCACCGUCACUUUCACAACUCCUUUCUAUCUUUGGUUUGCUAUCUUCACCUUGCAGCCACAUAAAGAGGAACGUUUCAUGUUUCCUGCAUACCCUUUCCUGGCUCUGAAUGCUGCGAUUGCACUGCACAUGUUGUUGAGUUGGUUUGGUAGCUCAGAUCCAAAGACGUCGCUUGGCCGGAUUCCACCUCAAGUCAAGCUCGCAGUCGUUCUUCCUAUUGUGCUCCUAAGCAUCAACAUUGGACUUCUGCGUAUCCUCGGCACAGUUGUGAAUUAUCAGGCACCUUUACGAAUCUACGACGCUCUUGAGCAACCCAAUAUGGCCAAAGCAGGUGAUACAGUCUGUAUCGGAAAGGACUGGUAUCGCUUCCCUACUUCCUUCUUCCUGCCACACGGAGUACAUGCCAAGUUCAUCAAGAGCGAGUUUGACGGACUUUUACCUGGCGAAUUCAGCGAGAACAGGGAGCUAGGUCUGUUCCCUGGCACAUGGAUGGUACCUUCUGGCAUGAACGACCAAAACCAAGAAGACAUGAGCAAGUACACCGACAUCCGGCAUUGCUCCUUCCUAGUCGAUUCGUCGUUUCCGAGCACAAUAGCCACGAAGCUGGAGCCGGCCUAUAUGGAAGAUGAACGGUGGGAGAAAAUCCGCUGUGAACCUUUUCUCGACAACGCUGCGACAGGACUUCUGGCCAGAACCAUCUGGUUACCAGAUAACAGCAUACUACCACAGAAGUACCGCAGAAUAUGGGGCGAGCAUUGCCUACUGAGAGUUCGGACCUGA